GAUUGUCAACCAACAAAUCAAAAUCUAACAAAACAUUUGAUUUGCAGAGUUGGCGGUAUAAUGAAGAACUUUGUAAAAGAAUAUGAGGUAGUGUUUGUGUAUCAAUCAGUAAUUCGUUAAGUUCUGAAAUUUACCAAAGACAUAAUGCCGUUAUCAACUUACUUCAACCUGUUUUUGUUAACCAUUACUUUCGCAUUUGGAUCGCAUAUUGCUUACAAAUACAUAAUAGCAGCGAGUACUAAGAAAAAGGUACAAAAAGAAAUUCAUGAGGUGAUUAUGUUUUCUUACAAUGACAGAGGGUUGAAAAGGAGUAAAUAUUCCCGUUGUAGUAUCACUCAAAGCAUGGAAAGGUUACUUUACUAUUUAAAUACUCCAAAAUAUACCAUGGAUAUAUGCAUGUAUGUGUUAACCAAUUUAGACCUUACCAAUGCUGUAAUGAAGAUGCGUCUUAAAGGAGUCAAAAUAAGAAUUAUUGUGGAUGCUGAUAUGGCCUAUUCGUCAGGCUCAAACAUUAGAAAAUUGGAGAAACAUGGUAUCCCAGUGCGGUGGAUGAAAUCAACUAAUUUGAUGCACCAUAAAUUUAUUCUCAUAGAUGCUUCAAGUGAACAAGAAUUUGCAACUCCAUUGGUUAUGAUGGGUUCAUUAAAUUGGACCAAUCAGGCAUUGAACGGUAACUGGGAAGAUGUAGCAGUCACUUCACAGCAAGAGCUUGUGAGACAAUAUAAAGAAGAGUUUGAAAAACUGUGGGUAGCAUUUAAGCCUAUUGUUGAUUAAAAUUUAAAUACCGAAACUUUAUAUUAUUAAAAUAAGGAAAAGUGACAACUUCUGUAACUGGGUACUUUAACCCAUUAACCAUCUUAUAUCUUACAUAUAUGUGCCAUAUACAUUGCAUUUUGGAUGUGUAAAGGGUUAAAGUAACUCAUGUGAUUAAUUAUUAUGGACAUAUUAAAUAUAUGAAACAAAAAUUUAUUGAGAAAUCACUAAGAUAAAAUUAGAGUAGGUAGGGCAAAUAUUUUCUUUGAGAAAAUAGUUUUAUAUGUAUUUGAACUGAAUUAGACGCACUUAGCAAGUAAAAUUGAUGCACAGACAAAGUCUGGAAGAAUUAUUUUCUAAAAAGUUUGUAAAAAGCUUAAAGUAUUGAAAUGUCUAUUUAUAUACAUAGUAGACAAGUGCAAUAUUGUUGCAAAUGAAUAAUGAAACAAUAUACCAUAAUGCAAAUUUCUCAUGUUUUAGUAAUAUUGAAUCCAUCUGCCUUUUAUUGUAAGAUCCAUAAUCUUUCUCUUAAGUCUAAUUUUGUAUUUUUAUUCACAGCAAAGACAGCUAUGGAAACAGGUAACAUAAUGCAAAGGUGGUAAAAUAAAUUGUAUCAUGUUCAUAUUAUACUAUAACUCCUUGAUAAGCAAAGGAUGGAUUACCCAUAUAAAAUCACUUAUACACACACACAAACAUUUUAUAACUGUGGUGUAAUUUUGCUACACUGUUUACUACCUCUGUAUUAUUCCUUCUGAAAUAAUGUACAUUCAGGAUGGCUCUGUUGUGAUAUAAACAUGAACCAUAUAAAUAACAAUGAUGAUAAGUACAAAAUAAAUACAAAAUGAUAUAUAUUU